AGGUGCUGCUGGGGGCGCGUCUGCUAAGAGGGAAGCGGGUUUCAAUUUCAAACCCAAACAGUCCGACAGACAAGCCAGUGGAUUGUGGGAUAACGUUUAAACUAAACACCCGCAGCGUUUAGCCGCAAACUGUAACGCUAUUCCAACAUAAAACCUAGAAAGGUAGCGUAUAUUGACUGCGCGUCGCGGCUACAGUUCACAAGAAUCCGCGAAAAAAGUCGCCCGCCGCGUCUUCGCUCCAGUUUUCCGCGCCUGGUUAAUUUGGAUGACAAACGGACGCUUGGCUUAUUUGUUGCAUGUGUUGAUCAACCCGGAUACUGCACUAGCCAUUUCUGCAAGAAACAUGCCGAGAUCCAACAGGCAAAGGGAAUACAAACCUGGAGACCUUGUAUUUGCUAAAAUGAAGGGGUAUCCACACUGGCCUGCGAGGAUUGACGAAUUACCGGAAGGAGCUGUGAAAUCCCCCUCGAACAAGUACCAAGUGUUCUUUUUUGGGACGCAUGAGACGGCGUUCUUGGGGGCCAAGGAUUUGUUCCCAUACGACGAAUGUAAGGAGAAGUUCGGAAAAGCAAACAAGAGGAAAGGCUUCGCUGAGGGACUCUGGGAGAUUGAGAACAACCCCACUGUCACGCAUGAAGGCUACGAGUCAUCAAAGAAGGACAACGCGUCAGAAGGAGCAGGAGAUACAGCUAGUUCGGAGAAAGCAGAUGCCGAGGGCAGCAGCGAUGAGGACGAAGGGGCCCUGGUCAUCGACGAGAAAAACGAGAGGGGAGGAACUAAACGUAAAGCAGAGGAGUCCACAGAGGCAUCUCCCAAACGGCCGAAGGAUACGGAGGCAGAGGGCGAUUCUAAAGUAGACAGCGUCAAGUCCAACACAGAGGAGAAGCUCAAUGAUGUGGCUGGACCCAAGGCGACUGCUCCCUCCUCACAGGGCGAGUCAAAACCAGAGGCCCAGGAAAACGCUGCAGCAGGGGGGCAGCUAACAGCAGAUAAGCCGGUGACAGACAGCGCUUAACAUCAACUCAGAAGAAAACCAAGAACCUUUGAUGCUUCUCUGGAAUUGAAGCAUCAACACAGAUUACAUGCAGGAUGCCAGAUUUCAGCUGUUUAAUUAAUAGGAGAAUUUUAAAAACCUAAGUGUUUGUAUUGAGAGACAAACAAAUCCUUAUUUGCCAUUUUGGGAUAUCAUAUAUCCCAGAAAGAAAAAAAAAGUUUGCUAAUCUGAUUUCAAACAAUUGAACUGAGCACUUUGAGGCUCAUUUAUAAAAUGGGAUUUUGGUGUGUAUAUAUUUUUUAUUUCUAAGUGCAAUUACAUAAUUACAAAGACUGAAUGCUAGGUGUCAAAACAUUUUUUUUUCAGUUUAGAGGGAAUAAAACACUGAAUAUAUAAUAAAUAAAAAAGGAGAACAUUUAAAAAAAAAAAAAAAAAAGAUAUUUGACAAAUACUCCCAUUUGAUGGUUUUAAAAGAUAGAUAUUGUACAGGGAAAAAAAGACAUUUUCACUCAUGCUCUCUCAGCUUUAAUUCCUACAUGAAAUGUUUUACUUCAAUUUGUUUCACCUAGCUUCUCAGCCUCAUCUUAAAAUCAUAUAUUCAGUCAUUUGGAUACAUGAUGAGUUGCACUUUCAGAGUUUUUUCCUGCCCCAUUAAUCAUUGUCUAGUUCACUGUACGACGUUUUAACGCAACACAGGUUUUGUUGCUUUGGUGUAGUUGUGUGUGUGUGCUUCAAACGCAGGUGACAAAAACGAUGUGAUUAAUUUCCCACAACGGAUCCCACAGUGUGGCCUACUCGGCUUUUGAGGAAAAAAAAAAAACAAAACAUUUGAGAAGAACUAUUUUAAGAUUUAAAAGGUUACUUAAGUUUGUAACCCCCCCCCCCUCCUCUCUCUGUAUGUUCCAGAGUAACUCUCUCUCUGAUGAUGAUGAUGAUGAUGAUGAUGUGCAUUAUUGAAAGCAGAAAGACAUUCCUGAAUGUUUUGUGUGUACGAGCUCGGUCUUGAAACAUUUUAAGUAAAGAUGGAGCUGAGGCAUUAGUGUGCGCGGGAGGGAAGUUAUUCGUCACCUUUUUUUUUUUUUCUUCUUCUUCUUUUUUUUUUUUCCUGGAGAAAUUAUCGCAAACUCUCUUUUCAAAUCCAUCAACUCUUCAAUUUCAGUUAUCAUUUUCAUAUUUAGCUCUCAUUAAUGCUGCCGUUGCUUGAUGCUGGUGAUGUAAUUGUGAAGAACACUUGAUUGCAUUGCAUUCAGUAAUUGUUUGUACCAAAUAUGUUGUUUUUUUUUUUUUCUCUCUUUCAGCUCUCACAUGUAUCGCUGACAUUGUUAACGCCAACAUAUGUCGUGAUUUAUUUUAUUUUUUGAAAGAAAUUGAAAUGAGAAGAAUCUACUGAGUGCACCAUCUGUAAUACUUUGAUUUCUGAUACUUUUUUUUUUUUUUUUUGGUUUCCAACCCUCUUAACUGGAAUCUGUUUUACUUCAGUGGUCUUAUUAUUUUGGCUGUGAAACAAAGUUGUGUGUGUUUUAAAGAAGUGUUUUAUUCAAGACAUUUGUUUAGACAACAUGUUGUUCAAUAUGUGAUGAUGUUAUUUUCCAUUAUUGGUAGAUUUUUUUGGUGCAAACUCAUCCCUAAGGUUCAAGUUUUGUUGUUUUUUCUUUUUAAAUGCUUGGCCUGCUCACCAUGUUGAUGUUAUUAUCGCUUUAGUGUUCUUUCCUGUAUUUGGCAACACGAGCCCGCAGUUUAACCAAAUUAUGAACCUAAGGGGAAAAGCUCGGCUCUUACAAGUGAGAAAGUGUUGUCUUAAGAUGGUUUACACACGACUUUUACAACCAACUUCCUGUCACCAAUACCACUGAUUUCAAAAGAUAUAAAAUGGUCAAAGCGCCUCCCGCCCCCUUCCCCCCCUCACUCAGACCUGGAGUUAAUUGCACAGGAAUAAUUUGGUAUUGAAGUGUAAUUCUUGGUUUAGCUUUCUCUGUUACUUUCGGAAGCUGCCAUUCAUCUUAAUCUGCUGCUUAGUUUACUAUUGUAGUUGCCAGUCCAUUUAAUAAACAUGUUGAUUACAAAAAAA